GCCUUCCCGCUCCACACAAGCCAUCCAAGUGUCCGAUGUAAAAAUAACUUUACUCAUUAAGCUCUUUUCGGAUGCUGUCGAAGGGCAUCUGAUUCCCAUCCCGUCUUUUCUCGAAGGACGCCAAGUGUCGUGUCCGUAUGCGUGCCAAAAGGGCUGGCUUUUCCGUACGGUACUCGCGAGGACACGGGAACCGAUAGUCAUGGAUUGCUGACUCGCCCCCAAGCAAAAAGUAGCCGUACGCAGUGGUGAGGUAGGUAGGUAGGUAGGUUGCUUACUGACGAAGCAUCCAAUGUUCUCCGAAAGACGAACAUCUCGUGAUUCCUUAUCGAACUGCUUGGAACCGAGAUGCAGUCAGACUCAGACUAGACUUGCCUUAGCAAUCGGUAACCCCCACCCGCGCAUGCCCGACCAAGCGGCGCCAGGACGCCUGAUCCUUCAUGCGACAAAACUUGCCGUUUUGCACCAUCAUGGGGGCUGUGGCGGCGGCUGUGUUCUGUCUGAUUGUGUCCUAGCAGCCGCCCGUCCACGAUCUCAUCUCAUCAGGGUUAAACCAUCCCCAGAGCGCGCCGGCGCAUUGGAGGCCGUCAGAUCUACCGAUGGGUUUCGUCAGGGUUCUCCGUACGGCGUUCGGAUACCCUGUCUAUCACGCAGCCUUGUUUACCCUACGAGGCCCUCGGACCUUGGUAUGCUGGUGCCUUUUUGUGACGACUCGUGUGAUGUAGACAUGGAAGUAAGUCACGGAGUUUCGUACGCCUCGGGCUUCGGCCAUACGUGCCUACCACAGUCCACGGAAAGAAAACGAAAUCGUCACUUUGCAACAACAAGGAAGACAAAUCUCAGUUAUACUCUCUGUAGUAUUCAUCAUCUAGUUGUUGAUGGUUGGCAGGCGGUACCAAUGUCCCGGAGCCCUUUUUCUAUAUGCAAACCCUCCCCGCCAUAUUGCCAAAUGAGGCUGAGAGGGAGGGAGGGCCGGUUUAAAAAAUAAAAACUAUUUGUCGUGCCCCAAAUACUCCACGCAGCGAAACAGAAAAAGGGUUUCAACACAAAAAGACAUUAGCAGUAUAUCGCUACUAAAUGCGAGAAGAAAUAACACCGUUAUGCAAAAUUCCAAAUCCCAUAAAGGUAAGGGUAGAAAGGCUCCUCUUUUUUGUUUGUCCGCGCAAAUUCAUAUACAUGGAUGAUCCCAGUGCGUGCGAAUAGGCUCAAAAGUCGUGACCGUCGAUUCGGCGCUGCCGUAUCAAUACGCGGAAGUCAAAGUAAUGAUAUCAACAAGCAGAAAAACGUCGU